AUGGGAGUGGGAGACUAUGUACAGUCCAAGGAAGCUGUUCAGCUUCGACAUCCCAUGAAGGAUGCUCCAAAUCACCAAUCACGGCAGGACUUGGCCGAGCAAGCAAGGGUUGAGGUUCCCGCAAUGAAUUUAUUAGCGCCGGUCCCUCCGUCAACCAGUAGACAACCAGAGCACCAGGGACAACAUACGCCUGCUGAGAAUGCUGUGCAGAAGGAUAUGUUCGACACUGAUGUGGAAGGUAUCGAUGACUCUACUGUUGCUGCGACAAGCGUCAUGGGCGGUGAUGAUGUUCCGUACCAAUUCUCACUUGCCGCAAAUACUCAGCACUAUAGUGCUGAACUCAAACCUCUGCAUAAAUUCCGUCAGUCGCGCCGUUCCUACAAUUCCAAAUGGUAUGAAAAUCUCGGGGACAAAGCCUUGAAAACGGCUGGCUUUGAUUCAGAAGAUAUGGAGGAUGGAAGCCAAUUAAGCUCGAUGGCGGGAGAUGACGACGAUUCUGAUAACACGAAAACAAAUCACUCACCCAAACGGCGCGGAGCUGAAGUGCCGCUGAGCAAGCGCCUACAGAACUUCUGGAGCGCUAGUCGAAAAACGUAUCCCAAGACCACCAGUCCAGUCCAUGACCAGCCAGUGAAACCCGCUGCUUUCGCCCCGUCAGCCUCUGACAUCAGAGGUACAAACCCAGCAGUGCCUAUCAGCGGACCUAGGAAAAUCACCCUUCCUCAUAGUAAGAGUGCAACACCGAGGACAAGAUUUAGCCCACCGAAGCCGUCCCUCCUUGACCAGUUGGACUUGACUCCCACUCGUUCUGCCUCCGGCCCCCGACCACAGCCGAGUCAGAAACCAGGCGUGUCGGGCACCAACCCAGAGGAGACUGGCGAUGAUGAAGGCGUAUUUUCUUUUGACUAUGGACGACGUGGUAGCAUGCAGUCAAUGAACCGGUUUGAUGUCACCAAUCUUGAUGCCCUCGACGAGGAUGCAGUCAACGAUCCUUUCUCUAGACACGACUCCGUCAGAAGGAUAAGUCCGGAUUCAGCCCUGCAGAGAAAGCGACACCUCGAGCCUGAUUAUCCACCAGAGGUUCUACGCCAGAAGUCAUUUUCCGAGCUUCAAGCAGAACCGUUUGACCACACUCCAGCUGCUGCGGCUACCGCCGCCACCUCGGAAUCACAGAUCCCAGAGGAUAAGAUGUCAUAUCUUAUGGAUAUUUCCGAGGAAGAACGCCACAAUUAUUUCUCGAAUCUGACACUGGAAGAAUGGGAAGAAUGCGGCGACCUGAUGAUAGAGGAAUUCAGCAAGAUGCUCAACCAGAUGAAGGAACUUCGUCGUGCACGGCGCAAAACCGCCGCUAUUUAUGAAGCAGAAAUAAAAAGAAGACACGAGGCAGUCGAAGAACAAGCCUCCGAACUGAAUAAAAAGCUUGAUGAUAUGAGAACAGGUGGUGCCGAGGUGCUUCGUGCUCAGACUCCAUGA